AACACUUGGUCCUUAACUGGGAAAAGUGUCACUUUAUGGUCAGAGAUGGGAUUGUGCUUGGACACAAGGUUUCUGCAGCUGGUAUCGAAGUGGAUCGUGCGAAGAUCGACGUCAUGACGAGCUUGCCACCGCCUGAUUCUGCGAAAUCGGUUAGAAGUUUUCUGGGUCAUGCAGGCUUCUAUCGUCGCUUCAUCAAAGAUUUCAGAAAGAUUGCACGCCCUCUUACUGCUCUGCUCUGCAAAGAUGCUAAGUUUGAGUUUACAGAUGAGUGCCUUGCUGCGUUCGAACAGAUCAAGCAUGCCCUGAUCAGCGCCCCCAUUGUGCAGCCUCCUGACUGGAAUUUGCCUUUUGAGGUGAUGUGUGAUGCUAGUGAUUUUGCUGUUGGUGCUGUUCUAGGACAGAAGAAGGAUAAAAAGCUUCAUGCCAUCUACUAUGCCAAGGCUGAGCCUGAGAAAUUUAACGGCUAUGCAAAGAAGAAGUUCCUGAGAGAGCUGCGAAGAUACCACUGGGAUGAGCCAUAUCUGUACAAGCACUGUUCUGAUGGGAUUUACAGAAGAUGCAUUGCAGAGUCAGAGUGCGAUGUUUGUCAGAGGAGAGGAAAGAUCAGCAAAAGACAUGAGAUGCCACAGAAUUUCAUCCUUGAGGUUGAGGUAUUCGACUGCUGGGGUAUCGAUUUCAUGGGUCCUUUUCCCUCUUCUUAUGGGAACAAGUACAUCCUGGUUGCUGUUGAUUAUGUCUCAAAGUGGGUCGAAGCCAUUGCCAGUCCCACCAACGAUUCUUCAGUGGUCCUUAAGAUGUUCAAGACCAUCAUCUUUCCUCGAUUUGGAGUACCUCGAAUUGUUAUAAGUGAUGGUGGUUCUCACUUUAUUAACAAGAUUUUCGAAAAACUCCUAAGGAAGCAUGGAGUUCAUCAUCGAGUUGCCACUCCUUAUCACCCUCAGACGAGUGGACAGGUCGAAGUCUCGAAUCGACAGAUCAAAGAGAUUCUGGAAAAGACAGUGGGCAAAACUCGAAAGGAUUGGGCUGCGAAGUUGGACGAUGCACUCUGGACAUACAGGACAGCGUUCAAAACACCUCUAGGCACCACACCUUUCCACCUGCUCUAUGGCAAGCCCUGUCACCUUCCAGUAGAGAUCGAACACAAGGCAGCCUGGGCGAUAAAGCUGAUGAAUUUCAACAUCAAGUCUGCUGCAGAGAGGAGACUGAUACAGCUGAAUGAGUUGGACGAAAUCAGAUACCACGCCUAUGAGAAUUCGAAGCUGUACAAAGAGAGGACCAAGGCGUAUCAUGAUUCCAAAAUCCUCUCCAGGCAAUUCGAACCGAAUGAUCAGGUACUUCUGUAUAACUCUCGUUUGCAAUUGUUUCCUGGUAAACUUCGUUCUCGAUGGUCAGGUCCUUUCAUAGUCAAAGAGGUUCGCCCCUAUGGUGCUGUCGUCCUCCUCACACCAGAUGGUAGCAGAGAGUUUACAGUCAAUGGACAAAGGGUGAAGCACUACUGGGCCAAAGCUGAGAUUCCGGAUGGACAUAUCGUGAAACAGGGCUGGUGUCGAGCGGAUCGGGCACGAGGAAAAUACCAUUCGCACUUUGCAAGUGUCGCGCGUCACCACCCUAGGUGUCGCCCGUCACUCACAAACAGCCUAACCUCAUCCGAUUUUCGCCCUUUAUCUGUUUCUCUCAACGAUUUGCCAUUCCAACAAGGGAGAUUUCUGUAUGCAUGCGUCGCUGGACUCCUCCUUGUCGCUGAUCCGACUUGCUGGAGAACAUCACUUAUGCCUCCACGCAAGCGACAAUGCAGGGACGCCGCCUCCAGUUCGCAACCUCCAGUCGAAGUAACCUUCCAACUCGGAGACCACGUCGAGGUUUUGGAUGGUGACUUGUGGCAACGUGCAACCGUGAAGGCUGUACUCGCACAAUCUCGUUACAUGGUCACAUUCCUUGACUCCCAGGAGUUGCAGGUGUUCCCGACUUCCCAUCUUCGCCCUGCUGCAGCACCACGAGCCUCCGCCUCACCGCCACCAUCGCCUCCUGCACUCCCUGAUUCACCUGACGAGAGGAUUAGGCGUCCUUGGCCUAAACGAGAGAAUCUGCGCAUUCCAACAUGCAGGAUCUGGGACGAGCCACCUCGAGCUGUUGCUGAGAGCGUUGAGUGUCUACACAGGCCAAUUUCAGAUGACUGGGAUGAUUACGACACUUUCUUCUACAACGCCUGGCUCAAUGUGAAGAUACUCCCCACCAGGUUUUUGGACAUUCUGGAUAUGAGGCGUUUGGGUUUGGAUUCUGAGCUCCUGCGUUUGUUGACGAAGCUUGGAUUGGGAUCUAUGGCUACCAGACCCUACGAUCUGUUUCCUGACCUUGUUCGUCAGUUCCUCGCCUCUGUUCGCAUCUACUACACCAACGAACAUGCUCCAAAUGCGCAGGAGGGCACUCUGACUUUCAUGAUUCGCGGGGUUCGUUACAGGCUCCCCUUUCGCGACCUAUGUGCCUUAUAUGGGUUUCGCAAGGAUCUCCCGAGAGUCACCCUCCCUACUCAGAUGUUCGAUGUGCAGGAUUUCUGGUCCCAUUCUGGGAAUGGGCGUUGUGAUUCGAAGACUACGUCCCAGACCGACGUGCGCCACCCUGUUCUGUGA